AUGCCGAGUAACAAGCCUCCCGUUCCGGACGAGACACCAGCGCAGGUACAGGACGACGAUGAGCCGGAUGCCUGGGACCAGAGAAUCAACGACACUGGCUGCUCAGCGGAGAAUGCGAGGUUGAACGACUGCUACUUUGAGAAGAAGGACUGGCGGCUGUGUAAAUCCGAGAUGGAGGCGUUCAAGGCUUGCUGGAAGGCCAAAGGGAAUACCAGCAGGACCGAAUCCCGCGACAAGUAA